AUAGGCACUUAAUUCCACGACCGAAAAAAGGGGCACUAUCUUCAAUCUUCGUUAGAAGAAUGAACGUGUCUGACAGUGUCGACAAGUCGCAUCCCAUCGGAGUCGACGAGUCGUAUCGGCCUCUUCCUUCUAUCUACUUGGUCUUCUCCUUCAUCUGGCUACUCUCCGCCUGCUCCUGGACUGUUAACAUCUACAAGAACCGUCACUUUCAGACCAAUAACUUGCAGUGGUCACUCGCCUCCCUUCCUCUUCUUAAAGCCUUGCAGCUAACUUUAUCUUUCCUUUUUUGGUAUUCAUGUUUUUAUAUUGAGACAUGCUCCUUAUGGAUGUCAUUUGGGGUAUAUGUAACUGGAGUGCUCUUUCAGACGGCUUCUGUUGUGUCCUUUUUACUUAUUUCUCAUGGCUAUUGCAUCAUGUCCGAGCACCUUUCAGUUUCUGAGCGACGAACUACUGCUUCAAUUGGCUGUAUAUUUUAUUUGACGCUUGUUGGUUACCGAGCUUCCAUACCUUACUUAUCUGUCUUACUUCUGCUUAAUUACUUCAUUUCCUUCUAUGUGAUUUUCCACCACAUAUAUCAAAAUCUACUGGCAUUGCAAGAACAAUUGAGUUUCAUUAUGGAAGAGGACGUUCAAGCAAUGCACGAUGCCAUUCUAACGAAAUACAAGAUGUUCAAAAAAUUCCGGGGAAUAAUGCAAAUUGUUGUCAUGGCAGAAAUUAUGAUAUUCCUGAACAUGGACGAUUCAGUGGAAAUUUACUGGCUUCGUCUGUUAGUACGAGAAUGGGCCCUCUUCUGCAUCUUCUGCUACAUCGGCUGGAUCUUUAGGUCCCAAGACUUGGCCUCCCGUUUCUCUGUUAUGCAAACUUUUAAGUCUGAAGAGAAUAGGAUUAUCCCUCCUAUUUACAGCGUUGACGUGGAUGCAUCAACUUUUAGAGAGUUUAACAGUCAUAAUUGGCAAAUUGGCGUGCCGACCUCGCUCUCCCAAAUGGAAAGUUCGAAGGAAUCGAUUUUUGUGAUAAUUCAACACCCUCGUGUAUGUAAUGUCAACAAAAAAUCCACGCCAAACCCAGCAGAUUCCAAGUCUUCGCCUACAGAUGAGGCCAGGCAUUCAUGAUCUGAUGCAACUCAGCCUUUUGAUGGAGUUGUUUUUCUUUUUUGUUUGUUUUUUUUCCCAUUUUUUCCCGUUCAACAGGUACACGGCAGUUCACAUUUUACAGAAAAUGUUGAUGGCAACUAGGAAGGAUGUUAAUAAGUCACAUUUUGUAGGCCUGAGAUUCCCAAUUCUUAUUGACAAACACUUUUACUUACAGAAUCAAAUUGUACAUAUUCUUCUUCUCUUUCUCUCCCUCUGAUUAAACCAGUUCACAUUAGAAGGUGAGUAUGAAAUCUUUGCAACUUUAUUGUUAAUUUUC